CGCAAUCAUCACCGGACCCUGGAAAACCCCGAUGGGACUACCUUGCAAUGUCAGUGGAUCAGGACGAUAGCAUAAGCAUGUUAAUGGUAGCUUAUGCUCAUAUAACGGUGCAAGCGUUGAUGCUGUUCACGGUACAUGUGUUACGUCUUGCGAGCAGUGCAGAAACCAGAAACAGUGCAGUGAACAGUCGGUCGGUCGGUCAUUCUGAGAUCGCUGUCAGCGUCGGAACAAAUCCGCACACAUGUUUCGCCCCAGCUGAUGCGAGAGUCCGUAGCGAUGCCAAAAUUUAUGUUCCUGCAGUGUGUCCGUCGAGUGUGUGCGUUUAACAGUGAUGAGAGCUUAGAGUCUGUUCUAGGGUGCACCAACAUCCAAACGUACGAUGGCAAUAUUUAAUUAACCCAAAUUGAGUUUGUGGACAACGAUUCCAUCCAUACUGACGAGUGAUAGUUGUCUGUUUUGCGUUGCAUUGCGUUUGCUCAGUGUUGGUUAGUGGUUGGUUCGUACAGAACGCGUGUCUCCUGUCAACGCAAGAGGAAUUGUGAUAAGCGAGCCAGACAAAUUGCUGUAAUCGUUCGUGCGAACAGUGUGUACCACUCUAACCGGAAGCCGCGUUCAGUGCAGCACGAUCGACUUCUAGUGGUUCUCAGUCAGUAUGGCACAGGAAGUUGAUUUGGCGGAUGAACCUGUGGCUACGGCGUAUGCUGAUGAUUCCUUGGAACCACAACCGGCAACGAAAACUGCAAUCACCAAUGGCCACUACAUUGGGAAUAAGCAUCGAACGCACAGUGAGGAGUUACUGCAUAGCAGCGCAAAUCAGCCGGCCGACGAUGAACCGAUUCCGUCGCGAAUGAGCUUCAUGGGACGUCUGUCGUACCAUGUGUCGCUAUUGAUUGGAACGUUUUUUUACCGCCUCGGUUAUUGGAUCAGUAACAAUGCGUGGAAAACCAUCGGCCUCUGCUGGUUGCUGGUGGGCCUAUGCAGCAUUGGUUUCGUACGGUUUCACAAGGAAAAAAGCCCGAUGAAGUUGUGGAUUCCGCUGGGAUCCAAGUUCCAGCAUGACACCAACUGGAUGAUAGAGCACUUCCAGGAAGGCAACCGAAUAGAAACGGUUAUGAUCACCGCACCGGAUGUGCUAGUGCCGGAAGUGUUGCAAACGCUAGCAACCAUCACCGAGGAGAUUGAGAGUUUCAAAUUUAAGAACAGCAAAGGAGAAACACAUGGCUGGACGGACGUGUGCCAUAAAGUACCAUUGAUUGCGGCCUACACGGGUGAUUCCGAUGGUGGUAGUGCGAUGAUCGCGUCCGCUAUCGAUAUUCCUUCAUUCCUGUUCUGUCCAAUCUUGGAAAAGUUGGAAAAGGGAUGCUACGGGAGUAGUUUGCUGGAGCUGUGGAAGUACGAUCGUGAAAAGAUUAACACGCUGACGAAGGAGGAGAUCGUGGAUCGUCUAAACAAAACGUUUGUCAGCCCCGUGACGGGCCACACGGUAGAGUUUUCCGCCCUGUUGGGUGAUGUGCAGCGCGACUGGAGUGGUCGUAUCGUGUCGGCGGGCUCUCUGGUGACCCACUGGUAUGUGCAUGUUAAUUUCACGGAGGUAAACGCGGAUGUAAGCGGUAACGCAGCUGGAACCGAGGACUGGGUCACUGAGAAUGCCGCCCUUUGGGAGGAAACAUUCUUGAAGAUUGCCGCCAAAGCGAAACGCGAGCAUUCGACGAACGAAACCGAUAUCUACUACGCUGCUGGCCGAAGCUAUGGAGAUAUCAGUGAGGAGUCCAUGUUCAAGGAUAUGGAUAAGUUGGUCUACGGGGGUAUCAUUAUGUUCAUCUACAUGCAGCUUGUGCUGUCGAAGUUUAGCUGGACCGAGUUUAGGGUAAUCCUUGGUUCGGUCGGAUUGAUGAGCGUUGGAAUGGGAUUCAUCGCGGGCUGUGGCUUGGUAGCGGCCAGCGGUGUAUCGUACGGACCUGUACACACUUCACUGCCAUUCCUGUUGAUGGGUCUCGGUGUGGACGAUAUGUUUGUUAUGAUGGCAUGCUACCGGAAAGUGCGGAAGGCCAAUCCAGAUUUGCUACUGCCGGAACGUAUGGGACUUAUGCUGCAGCAUGCUGGUGCCUCAAUCACCGUUACCUCUCUCACCGAUAUAGUUGCCUUUGUGGUUGGUUCGAUCACCGUCAUACCCUCGCUACAAUCAUUUUGCAUCUACGCUGCGGCCGGCGUCUUCAUGAUGUUCUUCUUCGUCAUCACCUUCUUUGUGGCGAUCUUUACGCUGGAUGAAAUUCGCAUCGCUAGUCGCCGGAAUGCCUUCCUGUUGUGGGUGGUUCACGAUGAAAAGUCCACGGGGCUAUGGUGCGAGUACAAUCUAAUGCACCGGUUUAUCAACACCCUGUACUCCAAGGUACUGCUUACGACCGCCGGUAAAUCCGUCAUCAUACUUGCGGUGGUUCUCAUGACUAGCGUCAACAUUCACAAUCUGCUGCAGUUGCGUCAAAAAUUCGAUCCCAAUUGG